AUGCUGUUCUUGUGUUGCAACCGCACCAAGGCUAAGCAAGGCGACGACGCUACAUCCCAGUUCGACACCAAGCCAGAAGUAUUUCCUCAUUCUUCACCUGACAAAACCGCCCAGCCAUUGUCAACCAAGCUGGCAGCUACAAUGGAUGCCCCUUCAACACCAAUUCACAACUGGGAGGACAUUCCCGACAAUACGGACCUUCCGCCACCUCCGGCGCAUGCCUAUCUUUACUCCAACACUGGGAACGCUUCAGAAGAAGACGCAGAGCGUGCCCAUGAUUUUUGCGACAAUACUCCGCUCGUUCAGCCGAGAGCGCCCUCACCGGCCGUCUACCAGGCUGUUCAGGAGGGCAAUCACCAUCCCACCAAAGCGGCAGAAUAUUCCGGCUCGCUUUUCUCCAAAAACGGCAGAUGGAGGGGAGAAACACCCAGCGGCAACCGCGAUUGCAUCGUCUGGACCAAUGCGCCCAUGUAUUUCGCCAAGAAUGAUUCACCCUUGGUUACCGAACGACGCAAGACGAUUUACUUUGAAGUCAAACUCAUGGGUCUAACCGGCGGAACGCCCACCCAGACUCCUGGGUUCUCCAUCGGGUAUAUCGCUCAACCAUACCCAACAUGGCGCUCACCUGGCUGGGAGCGUGGCAGCCUGGGCGUCUUCUCCGACGACGGGUGCAGAUUCGUCAAUGACUCAUUCGGUGGCAAGGAAUUCACCACUGAAUUUCAGAUUGGCGAAACAGUCGGCCUGGGAAUGACGUUUUACCGCGUUGGCGAAACUCCUCCUCAGACGGCUCCACGACCGCCCAACAUUGACGGAACGAUGGAUUCUUUUGCAGUCAAGGUGUUUUUCACGCGAGACGGGAAAGUGGCCGGGUCUUGGGACCUCCAUGAAGAAAUCGAUGAGGAUCAGGGCAGUAUCCACGGACUUGAAGGAGAUUUUGACUUGCACGGCGCGAUUGGAUUUUUUGGCGGAGUGGAAUUCCAAGCUUGCUUUGAUCCAUCAGGUUGGCUAUGGUCUCCGUCUGACAUUUGA